GUUAGGAAGAACAUCGCGAAGGAGGCUCCGCCUUUUCCUUUUGGACCGUCGCCGUCGUGGAGAGCGCACGUCUCCAUCUUUAGGCCUCCCUUCGAAGAACGCUUAAAGAUGCGUUACGUUGCAGCUUACCUUCUUGCUGUCCUUGGGGGCAACGAGUCCCCAAGCUCAAAAGAUCUGAAGAAAAUCCUUGACAGCGUAGGCAUUGAGACGGAUUAUGAACGUGUGAACAAGGUUAUUAGUGAACUGAAUGGAAAAAACAUUGAAGAUGUCAUUGCCCAAGGUAAUAGCAAACUUGCCAGCAUGCCAGUUGGUGGAGCUGUAGCAGUAUCUGCUGGAGGCUCCGCUGCUCCUGCUGCAGGUGCUGCGCCAGCUGCUGCUGAAGAGAAGAAAGAGGAAAAGAAAGAAGUAUCUGAAGAAUCUGAUGACGAUAUGGGAUUUGGAUUGUUUGACUAAAAUUUCCUUUAGCGUUAAUCUGUAAUAAACCUUUGUUAAAAUAA